GCGAGGCGCAGCGGCACGGCGGGAUCCCCGUACCCAACGCAAAGCAGAGAUCCUCUCAACUCCGGGGUGAACACUGGCAACUGGAAACUUCAAGGAUACCCAGUAAAUGGGUUAAGCAGGAAAAUUAUACAGACAAACUAAGCAAUCAUUUGGUUGGAUAAUUUUUGGGAAAGAUUUAGGCUACUUAAAAAUAUUUUGGGGGAUUUCUAUGAACGCAGUCAUUUGACCACAGCAGAUGCUCGCACAUAGCAAGAAUAUAAUGUGCACUUUUGACAUUUUUCUUUAACCAUCAAGAUGGAUUUACAAACCCUGAACGACACCUCACCAUUCUUGGAGUGUGUGGGAGCGCAAGGCGCUGGGUCAAUCGGAACAACGAACGUCAGUCUGGAACUCACAAACAUCACCACCUGUGGAAACGCGUCCGUGGUGCUCAAACCGCAACAUGUCAAACAGAAAGAGGUGGACUCGCUGCGUAUCCUGCUCUAUUCGGUCAUCUUCCUCCUCAGUGUGUUGGGAAACCUGCUCAUCAUUGUAGUCCUGGCGGUCAACAAGCGCAUGAGGACGGUCACCAACUCCUUCCUGCUGUCGCUGGCAGUCAGCGACCUGAUGAUGGCCAUCUUCUGCAUGCCCUUCACCCUCAUCCCCAACCUAAUGGAGGACUUCAUCUUCGGACCGGCCAUGUGCAAGAUAGUGGCCUACCUCAUGGGUGUAUCCGUGAGUAUCUCCACCUUCAGCCUGGUUGCCAUAGCAAUCGAGCGCUACAGCGCCAUCUGCAACCCGCUGAAGUCGCGGGCGUGGCAGACCCGUUCCCAUGCCUACCGGGUGAUCGCCGCCACCUGGCUCCUGUCCUUCAUGAUCAUGACCCCCUACCCCGUGUUCAGCCACCUGAAACACGUCCCCCUAAAGGACAACAUCACCAUCACACGCAUGUGUCGCCACAUCUGGCCCUAUCGUGAGGUGGAGCAGACCUGGAACAUGAUGUUGCUGCUUGCCCUCUUUGUUGUUCCGGGGGUGGUGAUGAUCGUGGCCUAUGGACUCAUCUCCAGAGAGCUGUACCGAGGAAUCCAGUUUGAGAUGGGCCAGAAGACAUCAUCCCCCGGUCUUAAGAAUGGCCUGACCGCCACCGGUGCUUGCAGCAGCGACGACGGAGAUGGUUGCUACGUCCAGGUCGCCAAGCGACCGCGCUCCAUGGAGAUGUCCACUCUGACAUCAUCGACGGCGAGUGCGUCCAAAUUGGAGCGUCCCCGCAGCAACACCUCGGAGGCCAAACUCUUGGCCAAGAAGCGUGUGAUCCGGAUGCUGGUGGUGAUCGUUGCUCUGUUCUUCCUGUGCUGGUUGCCCCUCUACUGCGCCAACACCUGGAAGGCUUUCCACCCAGUCUCUGCCCGCCGUGCCCUCUCUGGUGCCCCCAUCUCCUUCAUCCACCUUCUGUCCUACACCUCGGCCUGCGUCAACCCUAUCAUCUACUGCUUCAUGAACACACGCUUCCGCAAGGCACUGCUCGCCACCUUCGCCUGCUGCUGCCGCCAGCCCUGCCGACACAGACGCCACGGGCUGCGGGAUGGAGAGGAGGACGCCAUGGCUAUGGGGGUGUCCAUGUCCAAGUUUAGUUACACCACGGUCAGCACUAUGGGGACGUGCUGAGAGAGGAACCAUUGACUGACUGGGGGACGAGGGGGACAUGGGAGGACAGGAGGGACAAGGGGGGAAACCAGAGAGAUAUGUUGUUAUGUAAUUUCUUUAGGGAAACUGUUAACCUGCGGUCAGUAAGUAUGGGGAGAUGCACCCACGGUCUAUAGGGAAACCAACGCCUGACCAUUACUGCAAUGCUAAUGUCAAGGCGGCCAAUGGGGUCAGAGAGAUAGUUAUAUCUAUCUGUAGGGAUGAAUUAACCUAUGACCAUGGGUAAAUCAAACCAGUAGUAUACACUAAAAAAGGGAAAAUACUCAUUAACCAUGGAGAAUGCUUUCCUAACAUACCCAUAGGAAAAUGAUACACUGUUUAAUAGUUGCGAAACAAAAGGAAAGAAGGAAAUACUAUAGUAGCACAGUUUUGCAUUAACAUUUGUCCCAAGUGAUGGGAAAACAAUGUUUUGUUCAAUACUGUAUGUAUGGCUAUGUAGUUAUUUCGUUAUCACCUGGGACUCAUUUAAAAAGCUUGCUUUCAUGUUUGCUGAUGAAUCCCUCAUAUAGGACGGGAACUAUUAUGAGGGUGGGAUAUAAGGGUUAUGUGUUGGUAGCACAGGUGGCUGGUGGCACUUUAAUAGGCGAGGACGGGCUCAUAGUAAUG